CCCCCGCGUCCGCCGUGCAGACUCGAGUCUUCUUCUUCUUCCCCUGCUCCUGCUCGGAUCCCCCUACGGCCCUACCCCUGACCUCAGCUCCUCGGCGGCGCGGCACAGCACUGAGGAGUCGCCGGAGAUGUCGGGCGUGACGGCGGACGAGGACAAGAAGCCCGCGGGCGACGGCGGAGGCGCCCACAUCAACCUCAAGGUCAAGGGGCAGGAUGGCAAUGAGGUUUUCUUCCGCAUCAAGAGAUCCACACAGCUCAAGAAGCUGAUGAACGCCUACUGUGACCGCCAGUCUGUGGAUCUCAAUUCCAUUGCGUUCCUUUUUGAUGGUCGUAGGCUCCGUGGUGAGCAGACCCCCGACGAGCUUGAGAUGGAAGAAGGCGAUGAGAUUGAUGCCAUGCUGCACCAGACUGGAGGGUGCUUUCGUCGCGCUUAGAAGGAUGUUGCUGCAGCCUGGCUGUUCUAUGUCGUAUGGUACCUUUUAGACUAGAGUAAAAUGUAAGAAGUGAAUGAACUUUUGAAGCCAUGGUCGUGUGCCAUUGCCAAGGGGGAUCUAGAGGUGAAAGAACAUCCUGAGUACUGUUGCUGUUAUGACUGAACUAUCAUCCAUUGCCCAAUAUAUCCAGCCUUGUUGUUCCCAGUGA